AUGCCACGACUUUUCAAUCUGCUGCUUCUGCCAUCUCUGUGGAGUGUGGGCCAAGCCUUCCUUCCCUUGGCGCCCACCAAGACUGUAACUUCAAUCCAGCAACCCCAAAAUGUUAUUUCAAAGAUAAUACUCCAGUCGUCAACGGAUGCCUCGGAUGUUUCCACUCCGGCACCAACGUUGGAUGGAGCCCGAGUGCUUCCCUACAAAAUAAUGAAGGGAGGCUUGAAGGGACACACUGUUGCCGCUGUCUAUGCCUUGCUCAACUCGGACUACAAACGCGGCUCCGAAGGUUGGGAAUCGGUCGAAUUUGUGGGUACCACCAUGGAUUUGGAUGCCACCUUGGAACAACAUGUCGAAGAACUCGGAACACAAAAGGUGGCCAAUGUCCGAGCCCUCACGUUUGCGAUUCCCUCCAGAACCGCCAUGGACGAUUGGAUGAAAAAGUGGAGAAACUCGGCACUCGAAGCAGGAGGUCUCGAGGUGGAAGCACAAGAUUAUCUGUUUGACGACGAGGAUGAUGAUGAUGACGACGGUUUUGAUCCGGAAAUGCUGGCCGCGGCAUCGGCCAAAGCGGCCGAGAUUGUCUCUCCCUUUGACCCAUCCUCUGCGGCAGAUGUCAAGGCUGCUGGCAACGUAGAGUUGACACUGACCAUGGAAAACGUAGACAAGGUACUCGACGAAGUACGACCCUAUCUGAUUGCGGACGGAGGGAACGUUGCAGUUGAGCGCGUAGAACCAGAACAAGGUGCUGUCUACCUCAUGUUGGAGGGAGCUUGUGGAUCGUGCGCCUCGUCUACGGUCACCAUGUCCAUGGGGAUUGAGCGAGUCUUGAAGGAAAACUUUAGUGGAUUCAAGGAAGUCAUUCAAGUAGAAGAUCCUGCCAACGCAGGACCCUCGGAACUGACACUGGAAGCUGUCAAGGAGGAAUUCGACCGUCUCUAUCCCGCCAUUGUGGCCAUGGGAGGCGUCUCGGAAAUCCUCAACGUAGAACCGGAUGUCGGCGUCGUCAACAUGAAGUUUCGAGGAUCCAACAAGGUUCGACAAGGACUGGAACUUGCCAUCUUGGAUCUGCCCUUUGUCAAUCGAGUCGAAUUCGUCAUGGGAGAAGACGAUUAA